CGAGUGAGGGCGGUGUCGUCAAGUAAAGCUGUAUGUGAAGACAGAGAAAGCAUUGUUUGUUGACAGAUUAUUAUAUUCGCCUCUAAUUGUGGCUUUGUGCCAGAUACAUUUGUCAGGUGGUGUGGCCCAAAAUUGAAUUAAUAAUGGCUUUAGUUUUUUUCUCCUCUACUUUUGAGUGUUUAAUCUAUCAAGUGUUCUUUUUUUUUCCCCAUUCCCUCCAGUACAGUACGGGGUUCUGGCCGUAACUCUGGAAUUCGAGGACGAUCGUGCCUGGGUGCGAAAUCUCCAGCCGAACCAAUCACGCCGGGCGUCUGGUCUCCUGGGACCGCUAUUUCUCAGGGUGACGAGUUGGCGCUCGCGACCCAUCGGCUGGAGAUGAAGUUGGGCACGGGGUGUGCGGUGGCGCUGGCGGCGCUGGUGAUGGCGAGCCUCCUGCCAGGCCCGGCGUUGGCGCAGGGCGACCCUCCACGUCAGACGAGUACUGGAACAUCGGGCAGGAGCCACGAUCGUCACAGGGGCGUGACCCCUGGGCGACCUCGGGGGAGAGCGGCCCCGACCCCCGAGCCUCCGCCGGAGGAGAGCGUCCUGCCCACCAUCCCGCCCGUCGCAACGCUCUCGCCACCGCCGCUGCACUUGUGGUUCGAGAGCGGCGAGGACGACAGUGCCGCGUACCUGGAGGACGCCGAGGCCAUGCUCGGGGCCUCGCACGAGCUGUGCCGCGCGACGCCGAUGGACCUCGUGUUCGUGCUGGACGGCUCGCGCAGCGUGCUCGCGCACAACUUCGUCAAGGUGAAGCACUUCGUCAACGCCCUCGUCGACUCGUUUCAGCGUGGGGCCCAGCGCGACCCGCGUCGCCGUGGUGCAGUACAGCAGCCGCGUGCGUACCGAGUUCACGCUGGGCGAGUACGACUCCAAGGAGGCCGUCAAGGCGGCCGUGAUGCGCAUGAGCUACAUGGAGGAGGGCACCGUGACGGGCAAGGCGCUGAGCCACAAUGACCGAGAAGAGCUUCAGCCCCGAGGAGGGGGCGCGACCCAAGGGCCUCGGCGUGCGCCGGGUGGCCAUCGUCAUGACGGACGGCCGCUCCGCCGACGACGUCAAGGACCUCGGCGCGUGCGGCGCACGAGGACGGCAUCCUGGUGUUCGCCCUCGGCGUCACGGACAGCGUGGACGUGUCGGAGCUGGACGCGAUCGCGUCGAAGCCGUCCAGCGUCUACCUGCACCACGUGGACGACUUCGAGCUGCUCUCCAAGCUGCGCGUGCAGAUCGUGCGCAAGAUCUGCGAGGGCCUCUCGUGCCUGGGCGCGACGGGACGCGACGGCGUGCCCGGGACCGACCUGGUGAAGGAGUUGGGUCUGGCGACGGCUCCUGGAGUGACCGCGGUGGAGGGCAGCUCCUCGGAUCAUCCCGCGUUCCACCUCGACGCUUCCGCGAGCCUCAGCAAGGACACCAUGU